UCCUCUCUCCUCGGCCCCACCCCCUCUUUUAAUAUCACCACAUAUUCCUCGUGCCCUUUUUCUCCUUGCGCCGGACAAGCUCCGAAUAUUUAAGCCCACCACUUCAUUCCUUUCUUUUCCAAUCCAAACAAUCAAACAACGCCUGCCUUACAAUCAUCUAUCUCUCGCCCUCUUAUCUGUUCAUAAUUGAUUCUUGUUCGUUGCCGUCGCCGGAUUUCAGAUGGGUUCCUUGGAAAAGAUGGAUUCCGGCAGGGGGAGGUCUAGCUUCUCGCAGACGUGUAGUCUUUUGAGUCAGUACUUAAAGGUGAAGGGCAGCUUUGGAGAUCUCAGUCUUGGCUUGACUCCCAACUUGGCUGAUCAACCUAAAGGGACUAUGAAUUUGUUGCCCAUGAUUGAGAAAUCAGGGCAUAGCGCCGGCGCCGGCGCCGGAAACCUCAACGUGCAGCUGAAUAAACUACCCCAGCUCGCCGUCGCCGGGGAAAAAACCCCGAUGACCGAGGCGGAGACUGCGCAGAUGACGAUAUUCUACGGCGGUCAAGUGAUAGUGUUCAACGACUUCCCGGCCAAUAAGGCGAAGGAAAUCAUGACGUUAGCCAGCAAGUGCAGCGCCGCCACGAACCUCCACCCCGCCGCCUUUGCUCCGCCGCUCGCUGCCCAGAGUCCGGCAGAAUCCGCCACCAGCACCCCUAAUAUCGCCCCCGCUUGUGGAAUCCAGGAGUGCGCUCGCCGCCCUCCUCAGCCGCCUCUUGGCUCCGAUUUACCGAUCAUGAGGCAGAAAUCACUGGCCCGGUUCCUGGAGAAGAGAAAAGAUAGAAUCACAGCAAACGCGCCUUACCAAACCAGCAAACCGGCGACGGCGCCUCCCAAGACGGCGGAGACAUGGCUGGGAUUGGCCCCUCAGUUCCCAGUCCAAAUCCAGCGUCAUUAAUCAUCUCAAUUUAGUUCUUAUUAGUAGUGAAAGGUGUAUUUUUUCCGUCAUUAAUUAUUAAUCAGUACAUCAUCAAUGUUCAUGAUCGUGAUUAUUAACUUUGAUCUUAGAAGGCAUUUGGGCUUUGUUAUUACUACCUUAGUCAGCUCGAAUCUAACAGACUUGUCAUCAAUUCUUGAUUCUUCGCUUCUUCUUUUUUAAUAAUUUGAUUUAUGGGUAUGUAAUAAAAUAGAAAAUAUAUGUGUGAUGAUAGGAAAUUAUGUUGGUCCAUAUGUUUUUUGUCUUUGAUUCA